AUGCGGGGGGCUCUGCCGCCCCUGUCUUCGCUGCUGCUGCUGCUGCUGGGGUGCGGGCCGAGGGCAGCCACCGGAGGCGGGGCCGGCGGGGCCGCGGGCUACGCGCCGGUGAAGUACGUGCAGCCCAUGCACAAAGGACCUGUGGGGCCGCCCUUCCGCGAGGGCAAGGGCCAGUACCUGGAAAUGCCUCUACCGCUGCUGCCAAUGGACCUGAAAGGCGAGCCUGGGCCACCUGGGAAGCCCGGGCCUCGGGGGCCCCCUGGCCCUCCUGGCUUCCCAGGAAAACCAGGCACCGGAAAGCCAGGACUCCAUGGGCAGCCUGGCCCCGCCGGCCCCCCUGGCUUCUCCCGGAUGGGCAAGGCUGGUCCCCCAGGGCUCCCAGGCAAGGCUGGGCCACCAGGACAGCCAGGGCUUCAGGGCGAGCCAGGGAUACGAGGGGACCAGGGUCUUCGGGGGCCCCCAGGACCUCCUGGCCUCCCUGGGCCCUCAGGCAUUUCUGUCCCUGGGAAGCCAGGCCCCCAAGGGGUGCCAGGGCCCCCAGGAUUCGGAGGGGAGCGAGGGCCCCAGGGGGAGCCAGGGCCCCCAGGUGAUCGAGGUCUCAAGGGGGAUAAUGGAGUGGGUCAGCCAGGGCUACCUGGGGCCCCAGGGCAGGGGGGUGCCCCUGGACCCCCUGGCCUCCCUGGUCCAGCUGGCUUGGGCAAACCAGGUUUGGAUGGGCUUCCUGGGGCCCCUGGAGAUAAGGGUGAGUCGGGGCCUCCAGGAGUACCGGGACCCAGGGGGGAGCCAGGGGCUCUGGGCCCAAAAGGACCUCCCGGGGUGGAUGGUGUGGGGGUCCCAGGGGCAGCAGGGCUGCCAGGGCCACAGGGCCCAGCAGGGGCCAAAGGGGAGCCAGGAAUCCGGGGGCCCCCUGGUCUGAUAGGCCCCACUGGCUAUGGGGUGCCAGGACUGCCAGGCCCCAAGGGGGACAGGGGCCCAGCUGGGGUCCCAGGCCACUUGGGGGACAGAGGUGAGCCAGGUGAGGAUGGGGAGCCAGGGGAGCAAGGCCCACAGGGCCUUGGGGGGCCCCCAGGACUUCCAGGAUCUGCAGGACUCCCUGGCAGACGUGGGCCCCCUGGGCCCAAAGGGGAUACAGGGCCUGGAGGACCCCCAGGAGUGCCUGGGAUUCGAGGUGACCAGGGACCUAAUGGCCUGGCUGGGAAACCUGGGCCCCCAGGAGAGAGGGGACUUCCUGGGGCCCAUGGGCCCCCUGGACCAUCUGGGCCCAAAGGUGAGCCAGGUUUCACUGGCCGUCCUGGGGGACCAGGGGUGGCAGGAGCCCUGGGACAGAAGGGUGACUUGGGGCUCCCUGGGCAGCCAGGCCUGAGGGGCCCCUCAGGAAUCCCAGGGCUCCAGGGCCCAGCUGGUCCUAUCGGGCCCCAGGGACUGCCAGGCCUGAAGGGUGAACCCGGCUUGCCAGGGCCCCCAGGCGAGGGGAAAGUGGGGGAACCGGGAGUGACUGGGCCUACAGGGCCCCCUGGGGUCCCUGGUUCCCCAGGACUCACUGGCCCUCCCGGGCCUCCUGGGCCUCCCGGUCCCCCUGGCGCCCCGGGGGCCUUUGAUGAGACUGGCAUCGCCGGACUGCACCUGCCCAACGGAGGCGUGGAGGGUGCUGUGCUGGGCAAGGGGAACAAGCCACAGUUUGGACUGGGAGAGCUGUCAGCCCACGCCACGCCCGCCUUCACCGCUGUACUCACCUCACCCUUCCCUGCCUCGGGCAUGCCUGUCAAGUUUGACCGGACUCUCUACAACGGCCACAGUGGCUACAACCCAGCCACCGGCAUCUUCACCUGCCCUGUGGGCGGGGUCUACUACUUUGCUUACCAUGUGCACGUCAAGGGCACCAACGUGUGGGUGGCCCUGUACAAGAACAACGUGCCAGCCACAUACACCUACGACGAGUACAAGAAGGGCUACCUGGACCAGGCAUCUGGCGGGGCUGUGCUCCAGCUGCGGCCCAACGACCAGGUCUGGGUGCAGAUGCCGUCGGACCAGGCCAACGGCCUCUACUCCACUGAGUAUAUCCACUCCUCCUUUUCAGGGUUCUUGCUCUGCCCCACAUAACACCACGGGGGCCUUGACUCCUUGGCCUCCUCCUCUUUAGUGGUAGAGAGACCUUCUCAGUUACAAGAACCUCCAUUUAAAGAAAAAACCAAAAGCUGAACAGAUGCGGAAGCAGAGGCGGCCGUGGCCUUGGCCCGAGGAGACUGGUUUGGUUUCUCCCUCCACGCAGGCUGAGGUGUUUUCUGGAAGAGGCUGGCCUGAGUUCCUCACCCCCAAGUGUCUGUGCAGUGUGGCGGUUGUGCCCCCGCUGUAGGCAGGCCCCC